AUGAACAAUGAGCAACAAGAAGUAUUUUAUCGUGUUAGAGAAUGGUGUACAAAACGUUUGCAUAAUCCUGAUGUCGAACCUCUUCGUUUAUUCAUUACAGGAGGAGCAGGCACAGGUAAAAGUCAUCUUUUGAAAUGUCUUCAUUAUGAAGCAACGAAAAUUUUUUCUCGUAAAAAACACUUAGAACCUGAUGAAAAUAUUGACGAGAUUCAUACAUUGAUUACAGCUUUUACUGGUGCUGCAGCUGUCAAUGUUGGUGGAGUCACUAUUCAUAGUGCAUUCGGUAUUGGUACUCAAUCUAAUAGUUUAAACGAUCAUUUAUCUUGUGAUAAAUUGAAUAGUUAUCGAUGUAAAUUGCACUCUCUUAAAUUAUUAUUUGUUGAUGAGGUUUCUCUCAUACAAGCAAGUCUUUUGGGAGCAAUGCAUGCUCGUCUUACUCAAAUCAUGGGUAUACAUUCCAAUACAGCUAUUUUCGGUAAUGUUGGAAUAAUCGCUAUUGGUGACUUUUAUCAAUGUUCACCUGUUGCAUCUUCAAGUAUUUAUUCUUCUUUACUUUGGUCUGAUCAUUUUGAGUACAUCGAACUCAAAAUCAAUGAAAGACAAAAAACAAAUAGUUCCUUUUCACAAAUGUUAAAUCGCAUACGAAAACUUAAAAAAAAAGGAAGAUGUAGAUAA